AUGAAGAUAUUACAAAAAUGGCUAUCGAACAACAUCAUCAGAUGUGGCAAAUGUUAUAGAUUCAAUCAGUGUGUAAAUCAUGCUGGAGUCACCAAAAAGAAUUACAUGAAGUUCUCGACAAGGAAAAAAAAAAACAAUGCAAUAGAAUGUGCUGGUAGUGAAACAAAUUCAGAGGUGAAAAAAAGGAGUUUAUCAGAAGUAGGAACAUACAGAGAAUACAAAAUUCAAGAUGGGAUGAUGCAAAGUAUGUCUCAUGUGAACCUUCCAAAUGGUGAGGUAAGACGUCGAGUAGGUAACUUAUCACCACCCAAGGAGCUCCCUGAUGAAAGGAGAGUAACGCAAGCGCUGAUAAACAGAACGAGAGAAGAGACAGUAAAAGAUGCAGAGAAAGAGGCAGGAAAAGAGGCAGGAAAGGAGGCAGGAAAGGAGGCAGAAAAAAUGAUCCUUUUAAUAGACCAACUGGCACUUGAAAAAGAACACACGAGUAGCGGCUUUCUUGAUUUCUUAACCUUAUCAAUCCUACAUAAACACGAUAUUGAAAAAGAAAAGAAAAAAAAAUUCAUAUGUACGAGCAAAAUUAGAUGCUUACUAAAGGAGUACACAAAUUUCACCAUUAAGCAUAAGCAAUAUUCUUAUUUGUUCAACAUUUUCGAGUUAUCCUGCAUAUAUAACAUAGUAGAUAUGAAAUUGUAUCGAAAUUUAAUCCAUAAAAUACUUAUACACACAAGAAAUGAAGAAGAAAAAGUUAUUCAGUGCUACUGCAUAAUAAAACACCUAAGUGAGAAAAACAUGUACGACCGGGUAAUUGGUAUAUUGCUUUCCAAGUACCUUUUUAACGAUUCUUUUUUCAAAUUUCUCCAUAGGAACUCAUGCAUCAAAAGCAAUUUUGUAAUUCUUCUGAAUUAUUUAACUGAAUCGGUUAUGUGUUCUUCCAACCGUACUAAUAUGCUUGCAUUGCAUACAGUAUUCAAAAAGUACAUGCAUUAUUUUAAUAACAACUUAAAAAAGGAUAUAGAACCCAAACUUGUAAAUAAUGCAGAUGAGUUAAUCAAAAUGCAGGAAAUUUUUGUAAAAACGAGUUUCUAUGACAAUGAAUUCAAUUUAUUAGUUAAAAGGUAUAUACACACAUGUACAUCUUACGUGAAUCCAUUCGACACCUUACUUCUAUACUCGAAUGUGCUACUUAAUUUUACUAAAAAUGAUUAUAUUAUUUUAGAUCCAAACGAAGAACUACAUGCAGAAACACAGAUGGAGCACAACAAGGAGAAGAAGGAGACGAAGGAAAUGAAGAAGGAGAAGAAGACGGAGGGAAAACAUUCCAAAACGAAUUUCGAUAAAAGGUAUAGAAAUUUCUUAUCAACAAAAUCUAUGAUAAAUAUAGUUAUAAGAACGAAUGACUAUUACAUAUCAAAUACUUGUAACGAGGUCGAGUAUAUCCAAAGAUACCUCGUUUUGACAUCCUACUGCCAUUUCACUUUAUUCUCCAAUUGGUGGGAUGACACAGUAAUAAAUGAAAAAUUAAAAAAAAAAAAAAAAAUUUACAAAGGAGUUGUUCGAUCAAGAAUUCCAAAUAGAAAUCAUAUGGUAGAUAAAAUAUCGCAUCUGUUAAAUAUAUUACUAUACAAAAACAAGAGUUUUAGUUAUCUCAAUGAAGAACGUGCGAACGAGGAUUCUUUACAAAUUUCGACAACCAAAAAAAUAAUCAGAAAGGAGUCAAAUCGGCCGAAUCAAUCGAAUCAAUCAAACCAAUCAAAUCAAUCGAAUCAAUCGAAUCAAUCAAACCAAUCAAACCAAUCAAACCAAUCAAAUCACCGAAAUUCAGGAAACCCGAGGUAUUUUCCAUACAUAUUCAAAUCAUUCAUUCGUACAUCACUAUUUAAGCCAAAAUUGCUACAUGACCAAUCUUUUAUUUUAUUUUUUGAAAAAAUUUUUUCGCACACUAUUGAUGUGUUCAUUGAUAAUUAUGAAAAACCUCAAAACGAAGUAAAAUAUCUCAACCAAGAUUAUCAAUACAAUCAAACGAACGACAAAAGUGAAGAACUAAAUACUCUUAUCAGCCGGGUUAAUUAUGUAUCCGAUCAUUUACUCAAUUUUAUGAAUACUUCAAAAUGUAAAGAUGAAUAUCUUCAUUUUCAUGACAAAAAUAAUCAACAUUAUGACAUGAAUGAAAAUUUCACUUUAUAUGAGCUUAGUUCAAUAUGCGAAUGUUUCUUCCUUGUGAAGCUCAUGCAAGAAAGUGUAUCCCUUGAAGGAACCCCGUUAACAGAAAAUGGAACUUGUACUAUCACUUCAUCAGUUAAAUUACACAAAGAUUCAUAUAAGUACACUAUCGACAAAUCAGUAGAUAUAUUCGAGAGAACAUUUUAUAUAUUUUUGGAAAAGCUAAAUUUUUCAAAUGACCAGAAAAGAAGUAAUAAAAUCCAUGUUAUGUUAGAAAAAGGUGAUAUGAACGAAAUUUUAAAAAAAAAAAUAAUGUCGUCCUCAGAACCGAUUUUUCUUUAUUAUUUAUUUUUAAGAAUAAUUUUACCACACAUCUUUAGUGACACUCGUGAAGAAUCUUUAAACGUGACUAAAAUGACAAUUUCAUACAUCUUGUCAUUUCCAUUUCGAACAGAUAUGUUUGUAGAAUCUCCAUGUGCACAAAUGAACGAGUCAAUGUUUAACCUUCAUCAUGUUUUAAAGAAAUUAAUUCAGUGGGAAAAUUCUAUUAUAACUAUAAACAAUCAAAGAAGAAUUAGAAAACAAAUAAAAAGGAAAAAACAUCCAUUUGAUUUCUUAUAUGCUGGUGAAUUUCUUCGUCCAUCCUCUAUUUUUAUGCUUUGUUUAAAUGAAAUGACAAGAUGGGAAGAUGUUUACCUUCCAUUCUUGAAAGAAGUUUUUAAAAUGGAUCAUAUAUCCGAUGAAAAAAGAACAAGCGUUUCAGCUCUUAUUAGAGGUACCAUAGAAGGGAACCAUCUAUCACACUUUUCUAUUUCUAGAUUUUUAAAGAAAAUGCGAACUUCUGCACCCAUGGUCACGUCGUGUCCAUGA